GACGUCGAGCGACUUGCAUUUUCGAACCGUCGUUUGUGUGGUCUUUUUCGUGGCGACAUUUUCUCCUCGGAUAAUUCGGAAAAAAGUCCGCAUUUCCUCCCGUAUGGUGCUGUUUCAAAGUCGCGGUCAUUUAGCGGAUGGAACACAGAUCCAGUGACUAGGGCCAGGGACCUAGGGGGCAUCCGGCGGAACACCCUUUGCGGGUCGGAUUUUCUGCUGCUGGCCAUCCCAGUUGGUUUUUUGAGUGCGCGAGUGGUGCGAAUAUCAUUUUUCUCAUCUUUCGUGUGGAAAAGAAAGAUGGUCGUCGUUGCAGCAGUUGGCGACGGCGAUGAAAAUUUAAAACGCAUUAUCAGCCUUCUUUGGUUUUUUAUUCGGUAUGGACGUUGCAGUAAUCAGUGAAAAUUGAUUUUAGAGGAAGAUAAUUUCUGUGUUUUCCCGGAUUGGAUUUUCUUUUAAUUGCUGCUAGUGAGUAAUAGUGACUGCGGUGACCGGAAUAAGCAAUGACUCAUUGGUCUUGCAGGAGAGGCAAUUGUUGCUGAUGGCAGCUGGAAUAAGCGUAUCCCAAGAGGUCGAUUGAGUUGUUUGGAAUUUGUAACCAGCCGUGGCUUCGGCAACCAAAGUUAUAGAAAAUAAAUCCGCCCAUUUCCGCGGAGGUUUCCCUUGGGUGACUCGGACUAAGCCGAGAAGUUUUUCCGGACGAGAGGCGAGUCCCGUGUGCCCUUCAAAAGUUUAACACAGAUAUAGACGACAGCGAGAAAACUCGUGGCCAGAAAGAAAAAUUUCACUCGUGUCACUUUUUGUUUUAUUUUUUCUUUCCCUCCUACUUUGGUGGCUCGAAAAAAAAAACAUUCAAUUCUGUGUGGAUUUUGGUUUCUGUUAAAUCGAGGAAGAAAACGUGGAUUGGAAAUAUUUUUGUGUGUUCGCGAUUUAUGAGCUUAUAUGCUAGGCUAAGAAGACGUUCCCUGGCCUAGUGUUGGUACCCGUACCAGAAGUUGCUAAGUGCCGGUGUUGGUGAAUGAAAUAAACUUCCAAUUCUCAAAGAUUUCCGGUGGAUUGUUUUCCUAUCGAACCGGAUCAUCCGAAAAUGUGGAACCCAUCGUUCGAAAUCGUCGUGGAGACGCUGACUGGGUCCGAGUUCGAGGUGACCGUCUGCGAUCGUGACACGGUCGGGUUCAUCAAGUCCAAGAUACAGAAAUAUGAAGGAAUUCCGGUCAACCAGCAGCAUCUCCUGUACAACCACAAGGAGCUCAGCGAUGGCCAAGAGAUGAAGGACAUCCCGCUGGUCAACGGAUCUCGUUUGAAGCUGGUACUGGGCAUGAAGGGUGGCCCCAUUUCCUCCAAGAGGGUGGUCACCAUUUCCGACUACGAGAACUGGUUCGAUAUGAAUGAUGUUUUGGCAAGACAAGAUACGGCAAACUUCAAGACCCCUGGGCUAAAACUGUUGGUCAACAAGAAGAACAUUCACCGUUUAAUGAAGGUACGUGCUGAGAAGGUUUCCGACAGUGUCAAGGGUGGCAUAUCGCGAACCAUUGGCAGUCAAAGCUGUGCCAGCGAUCUCGACGGCGAAGAACUGGAGCGGGAAAUACAGAAAGAACGCGACGAUAAGAUUACUGCUGAGAAAUUGAAUCAAAUCAAAACGAAGCUUCAUCAGAAGAAAAAGAAACACGCUGGAUCGGCUGCGACCCAGGUUGCCUGUGACCCGGAAGUCAUCAUAAAGGAAGAGAAAACUCCGAUAGCCCGACCUACAUUUUCGGCUGGUCCGAUCGGUUCGGCUAUCUCCCAGACUCCGCGACAGUUCGCUCAAACGGCUUCCAUCGCUACGGCCACCAAAGAACCGUUUUUGCCACAUAUCAACUUUCACAAUGCCAUCACACGUCAACACGUCGAGCAAAUCGAUCGGCACCAUCACUCGCAGAUACGCGAAAACCUUCAACGCAAUCGUUCCUUCAAAACAAUAAGCGCCAAGCACCACCUGAAUGUCUCCGCCCACGAUAUGACAGCGGUGCACGAUUCGAGCAGGCUCGAACGGUCGCUUUCGUUCCACUCCAACGGUAUCCUGAACCGCAUGGACUCGGAUCCCACCGGCAGCGGGGGCAUUCGGAGCAGCAGCAGUACCAGUGCGGCUGCCUAUCAGUCCCAAUCGCAACAUCAGUUAUCCUCGGCCUCACUACAUGAUAUCAUUGAACUGCUCAAAUAUACACCCUCCAAGUUGCGAACGAUUUCACACGACGGUUUGAACAAAGUUUCGGUUUCGAAAAAGUCCCACCAUCAUCAAUCGUCAUCCGCCAAACUGCUAGACAACAGCUCGCUCAAAAACAUUGAUGAAUUUUUGCGGGAUUACGACGCGGCGAUGAGUAGCCGGUGUAAAACUGCAACUGGCGGGGAAUGCAGUGGUGGUUCUACCGCUGCCAAUUUGCUGACAGAGAGUAUGUUCAACAAGGAUACCGGCUUCGGUCCCACGGAUUAUGGCUACGAAAAAAGUGCCAACGGGAACGGGUUGGAUAAAACCUUCCGUGCGCUGUACAAGUCAACUUCGGAUGACAACAGUACCUACGAACUUCCGAAGCUACUAAUCCGGGAGGAUUCCCCGGUUGAGUCUUUUCACAGUUCCUAUCCACAGCUGGAAACGGUAGCCCUGCGCGGGGAAUCACCUCGAAGCUUCAACAGUGCUGGUCCAGCCAACAAUGGGCUUACGGAAACCGGUACCGGAUCCCUAGCUCCUCCGACCAACAAUGGUGAAAAGAGUAAGCUAGCUUCCGGAUCAUUGUUGCAGCUGUACGAGCAUCCUUCAGCAACCUCUGCAGCGACGGCAACGGCUGCUGCUGCAACUACGGCUGGGACCAUUGGCAGCGGAGGAGUUUCGUCCGGUGGUGGUACAUGGUCCCCGCACUAUGGAGGUGUGGGCCAUCACCACUCGGAUCUGGGAAUCAAUGAAUUAGAGUUGAAGUUUAUCAACAAUGGCGUAUUGGACAAGGCUGGAAACGGGGGAUCCAUAUUCAAACUGCCGGCGGUUCCGAAUUUGGAUAUCAACCAGUGGAACGCUUUGUCUAAUGAAGUUGUACCGGAAAAAGGAAAGGAGGGAGAACCAAAUGCCAAUGCGCGUGCCUCGAGUGGGUUUGUCCAUAGUGAUCUUUCAAUUUCGUCUGAUGAAGAUGAUUUAUUUAGCAUAUCGGAUUUGAUUUACAAAAACCAGGCCAACAAAUCAAAAUCGAUUGAUUUGAACGAAUUUCGUAAGACGUUUGGCAGUAGUCCCACGCUGCUGAACAAUUUCGGUGGAACUAAUAGUAACUUGGCCCCACAGUUACCCAGGUUAGACGCAAUACCUUCGCAGUAUCGCAGAGGAUAUACGAAUCUGAAUGAUGCUGGGCUUUCGUGCUCUACAUCUGAGCUUGAGUGUGUUAAUACGACCACAAAAAAGAAGACUGGAAAUGGUGAUGGGGGUGAGCUAUCGCCAUUGUUGAAGCAUAGAAAUAACGACCAGGUGGCUUACGUUAGGAGUUAUGAAAAUUUGAAUCGAUAUAAAGCGUUUUCGACGAAAAACGGCGACGCUAGCGAUAUUCUUCGGUGUCAACAGGGUGCAGGGCAGCUACUGCCUGGUAUUAGUAAUUUAGAUAGUAUAGCUGACUCUGACUAUAACAGCAGCAGCGGAAAUGGUUCCAAUUUGAUUGACGACAGUUUCGCUGAUUUCGAAUGUAGGUUCUCUAGGUUAAAUUGUACUGGUGGAAGUGGAGGUGGUGCUGGUAGUAACAAUGGACAUCACGGUAAUUCCAGUCACCACCAGCAACAUCCAGCCGGUUGUAGUGGUAGCAUUAGCAAUACUCAAACCAGCGGCACCAGUAAUAGCCAACACCAUAGUAGUUGUCACAGUGGAAGUGGCAGCAGUCAUCGGAUACCAUCGUUAAAUGAUCUGAACCACCGAAAUCGACAUUUACAUAUGCCUUUCAAUAGCACCUCCUCGCCGUUCACCAGCAGCUCAAAUCCUUACUACUUUCCAUCGGAUGAAAGUCUGUUCAAUAUAGAUUCAUUUUUCGAUGAUUUCGUCGAAAUCGAUACCAGUGACAUCUUUGACAGUGCAGAAUAUAUCAAUAUGGGUAGUGGUGCUAGUCGAAAUUCAAACUCUUCCCUGCAAAAAUCAAACAAUACCAGUUUUCUGUUGCCAGAAUUGCUUCCCCAAGAAGAACUGCUGCUGAAAACGCAAUCGAGCUUCCCGGAAGCUAACGAUCUGUUGGUCGAUGGAGACCAUGCCUCGCUUAUCCACCAAAUCGAUGCUGGUGAAAUGGUACCGCAGAUGAUCAAGUCGGAAAUAGUUCCGCAUCCGGACAACCCCAUGGCUUAUGGGGGCAAUCGUCUCGUUCAGGAAGCAGCUGAUUUUCCCCAGCAAUCCAUUUCGGCUACCGCCACUAUACACCACCAUCCUGCUGAACCGGUGAAAUCCAAGAAACUACGCUGCGCUCAAUGCAAUAGAAAACUUGGGGUCAUCAUGAUCAUGCGGUGCCAUUGUGAGAAAAUAUUCUGCGCUCAACAUCGCUACGCCGAGGCGCACAACUGUUCCUACGAUUUCAAGCUCGAGGGCAAAAAGAUUCUGGAACGGGAAAACCCCAUGGUAGUGGCUCAGAAAUUGCCAAAAAUUUAGGACUGCGGGUGGGAAAACAUUCGGUGUUGCCGAAAUUCGAAAUCGCAAGGGAAUAUACUAUUAUAGAAAAUAAUCAUUUUUAGGGACUUAUUGAAAUAAAUUCUUACUGGUAUGAGAUCAUUUACUAACUUGGAUUUUAACCGGUUGAAUAAAAAAACUGUAGGUUAUUUACAUUCAAGGCUAAUGUAGGCACGUUUGAUUUGUACGAAAUUGUUUUCAUUCCUCACCCCGACAAUGUUAUUAAAUUUUAGGUGUGACGCUGACAUUCUAUUAACUUUUUUUUUCGAAAUUUGUAGUUAUUAAUAAUGGGAAAACAAACAAAAUCACAAUCUAUAGAAGAACUUAGUUGUAAUUUAAUAUAUACAUAUGUUAGAACAUCUGUUGUACAACAUAAUUUCAAAAUAGUUUUUUGUGUGUUCCUCUUCAAGGAAUGCCUUUCAUUAAGGUUUAACAUUUGUUUGGGAAUUCACCCUUAAAAUAAAUUUCUUAUUAAAUGUG